AUGGACUACAACGUGUCAAAUGCAACGGUCGUGCUUGACUGCGGCUCCUGCCAUUCCCGCGCCGGGUUCGGCGGCGAGAAGGGCCCACGUCUUGACGUACCGACGCUCGUCGGCUACCCGCGUCACCGCAGCAUCGCCAUGGCGGCUGGAAUGAAUGAGCAGGAGGUUGGUGAGGAGGCCCUGCUGAAGCAGGGCAGCUUAGACGUGCAUCACCCGAUCCGCGAUGGCUUUAUCAACGACUGGGGUGAUGUAGAGAAGCUGUGGAGUCAUCUCCUCUUCAACGAGUUGCGCGUGUCGCCAGAGACGCACUGCUUCCUGCUGACACAACCCGUCAACACUCCUGCCGCACAGCGUGAGCGAACACUGGAGAUUAUGAUGGAGACCUUCCACGCGCACUCGCUCUACCUUGGCGUCUCGCAGGUGCUGAGUCUGUACACCUACGGACUCACUACGGGACUCGUGGUGGACAGUGGCAAGGAUAUUACACGCGCCGUCCCCAUUCACGAAGGCUAUGCGCUGGCGCGGCAUGUCACACAGAGUCCUGUUGCCGGCGCGGCACUUACCCGGUACCUAGGCGGACUACUUCGCGAGCAGGGUUACGCCCUCGGCACGGCGACGGAGCAGGAGCUGUUGAACCGAGCCAAGGAGGAUUUGUGCUAUGCCCAGCCCCGCCCGCACGCGCAGCGCGGGGCGGCCGGUGACUUCUUCACAUCCGCACCCGGGAUACUGGCAGGGACAUCUCCGGCUGCUGCAAGCGCGUCCAGCCGCAGAGGCACGAAACUCGGCAGAGAAACCAAGGACAGCAUCGACAGUACGAGCUUAGCCACCACACCGACGACAGCGAGAGGAAAGGACACCCUCAGCGAAUCGGCGGGGGACAACCACCGCGAGGACGACGGCGGGUCCUCAUCGGCGGUCGAGACGGGUGUCACCGAAGACUUUGUGCUCCCCGAUGGGCAACGCAUUCCCCUCACGGUGGAGCGCUACGACACGGUCGAGGUGCUCUUCAACUACUCCCUGCUCGCCUUGAUGGACAGCCACGGCAGGAAUGAUCGCACCUACGAGCCGCGCUGCAAGGUGCGCACCGACAUGGGCGACGUGUUCCACCCAUCGUUUGCGAAGGGGAUCAGCUGGCUGCCGUUCGCGGCCGUUAACAACUGUGAGGCAACUCUGCGACCGCAGCUCUACGCUAACAUGGUGCUGGCCGGCGGCUCCGCCUCCUUCCCUGGGCUCAAGACCCGUCUCGAAGCUGAGGUGCGGCAGCUCUACCGGGAAAGCCACCCCAGCGAGGCCGUGGUGCCAAUCCAGGUGCGUGACAUGCCGUGCCGCGCCUACAGUGCCUGGCUGGGUGGGUCCAUGCUCUCACAGACGACCGUCUUCCAGCACCUGGUCGUCUCCCGCAAGGAGUACGAGGAAGAGGGAGGGCGCGUCAUUCACUACAAGUCGCUCUGA